CGACAUCAUAGUGGCACGCUCACUCGCAUGCAGGAUCGCCCGGUGGGCACCCUGAUCGAUGUGGUUGACGAUGAAGUAAACCGGGACAGGGGCAGCGUGAAGUUGCAGCCGGCGGUGCGUAGUACCCCGCUGCCAGCCAGAAGCCGGCGUUCGGCAUCGUCCAAGCGCAUUUCCACCACCGAAGCCAAGGAAGCUGAAUCGAGCAGUGACGGCAGCAUGGCCGACAAUGCAACGGAAAUGAUGGAUGCACCCCAGAUUGUCGUUCAUAAUGAGUCACGUGGCCCCUGCACGGAGCAGGCCCGGUUCGGCGCCUGCACAUACGAGAACCGCCACGAAUUCUUCUUCGACAUCGAGAAGCAAAAGUGCCGUUCCAAAGCCCGGCAACUGCCUCCCUCCUGCCUGGCUGGUCAGAACCGGUUCAAGUCUUUUCGAGACUGCAGGCUCGCUUGCAUGGACCAGGUAGCAGAACAAAGGUGCCUGGCCGAACCGCAGUACCGGAGCUGCGCACCAGAGGAUAUCGCGCGGCGGUGGUGGUACCUGAAGCGCGGAAAAUGUCACUUGUGGAAGUUCCCAAAUUCCAACUGUGUCUCGCCCAGAUUGGCACUGUUCGAGCGCGAAGAAGACUGCCACAACCUGUGCGUGGCGGGCAAGCCCGUUGCUCGACAUCCGUCCUGUAGCGAGACCCCCGUGCAACACGUGUGCACGGCGCUCCAUAUGGUAUACCCGGUGCUGGCCCGGCCACACAAGAAAAGACUCACCUGCGUCCAGACAGACCACUCGGAACCGAAGUGCCUGACGGGAUCUAAUCGGUUCCACACCGAAGAGGCCUGUCGGGAAGCAUGUCUGCAGGCUUAGCACUCCUGCUACAUCCGACUCCAUCGAUGAACUUUUUACACGUUAAAGCAUUAAGCAUGAUAAACGAACUCUGAC